CAGGCAGUAUCAAUGACUGCAGCAUUGAAUGCCUCCAUUGUCAAUAUUUCACUUGCAGUAUACUCGGAAGUUAAAAGGGUUAAAUGUACGUUGGCUUCAUCAUUAGUACACAUGUUAACACUACCAGAAUGUCUACUUGGACAAUUCUUAUACCAAUGAUAUCUUGAGUCACAGAGUCUACAUCUACGAAAAUUAUUAGCUUGUCCUAAACGAUCACCACGCUGAUCUACAUUUAGAUGAUUAAAUGUGUUGCGUCCACUGUGUCUGUUGGUUACAGUCCUAGUAUCAAGCGCUUGUUCCUGGCUAACGUUUGUAUCAACAUCACCGAUUUUUGAUUCACUACAUCCAGUUUGACUAAAUAUUCGACUUAAAGCUGAUUUCAUGUUGUCAUAUUUAAUAUCAUUACAGGCAGUCAGUGCUAACUGACGUUCAUUAACUGACAGAUUUGCAUUAUCUAACAGUUUGAAAGCUAACACAGCUUCUGGAAGAGUCAUAUCAUAUUUCUUAAUACAAUUAUAUUUUGCUCAAAUUCAACAAUGUAAUCAGACAUCAACAUGUCUUUCCUAUUAAAUUUAUCAAAGUCACAAUAUGCACUGUAGGCCAUAUCAAUUUUGUCCUUUUCAAAUAAUUUAUCUAAUUCAGUCACAAGUACACCAACAUCAUUAUCUACAUUUAAAUCAACAGCAGCCAUUGUAGGAAAAAUGUUUUUUCAAUUUUCUCAGUCAAGAAUUGAAAAAUUUAUCUGAUAUUGCAAAUUUAUGUGUUUUGGGACUAUCCCAACUUAUAAACCAAAUUUGGUCAAAAUCUGUGAUUGAAGCGUUAGCACCUUCUGCAUGGUUUUCUCGCGGACACGCUCUUAAAACUCGUUGAACUUGACACAUACAGAUUCCGACUGAUGACAAAAUCUACACGAAGACAGCGAUCAAUCACCCUAAAAGAGAUAUAUGCAGACUUAUAUCGAAACUAAGGAUGAAAGAGUGUUUGCGAGACUGCAAACACCAAGUCAUCGACUGUAAGUGCGGAGAAGAAUGUACCACCAACCAUGUCCUGGUAAACUGCGAGGUAUACAAGGAGGAGAGAAGGGAACUAGUGAGAAUGAUGGAGACUAACAACAUACCAUUCAACACUAAGAACUUACUCUUCCCGAGACCAGAUCUGAAACUGCAAAUCUUCAAACAAAUCCACGCCCUAAUGGGGCCACGGUUAGACGGGCUCGGCAUCUAAACACUAAACUACAUAGGGGAUUUAUACUAAACUGGCAGGAUACAUGUAGUGGAGUAAGGGAGAGUCACGAUCAGACAGACUUGGCAUCUAAACACUAUUCCAGCAAAAAAUAGACAUCAAACCUACAGAGUGGGAUAGGGGAGUAAGGGGAGGUCACGGAUAAGACGGGCCUGGCACCUAAACACAAAUCGCACAGAGAUGACAUCUACCAAACUAGCAGGAUAGUGGAGUAAGGGGAGUUACGGUCAGAUGGACUCGGGACCUAAACACUAUUCCGCAAAAGAAACAGAUACCAAACCCAUAGAGUGAGAUUGUGGAGUAAGGGGAGGUCACGAUAAGACGGGCCUGGCACCUAAAGACUAAUCCCACAACGAAGACAUCUACCAAUCCAGAAGCAGAAGAAAACAUCUACCAAAAGAUAUGAUUUUCCAAAUGUCCGGCCAGGAAUAUGCCCAAUCGGACAUCAAGAUUGUUCGGAAGGAGGCAAGCCAAGUUUAUGAUAAAAUUUACGGAAUAAUUUAUGGGCAUUGUGUAGGAGAUGCUUUAGGUUUAUUAACUGAAAACCUGUCAAAAGAAGAAUCAAGAAAGGUUUUUGGUUCAGUAUGUUGUAAGCUCGAAUUAGUACAUAAAAAGAUGAUUGAUGACAGUCAUCGCAGAAAAUGGGAACUUAAUGAUUGGACGGAGGAAAGUGAUCAUAUGAUAUUGUUACUUCAGUCAAUAGUAGAAAACAAUGGUGAAAUUGUUCCAGUUGAUUUUGCAAAGAGAUUAAUGGACUGGACGGAACAUGGUUUUCCAGAACUUGGAGAUGAUCGUGGCAUUGGACUGUGUCAUGUUUGUAAAAAUGUUAUUGGUCAUCCUCAAUUCUCAGAAGAGCCCGUAAAGGCUGCUGAAAUAAUCUGGCGUAAAUCUGAGCGUCACUGUGUUACUAAUAGUGCUUUAGCUAGAAGUUGUGUUAUGGGUAUUCAUCAUUAUAAUGCACUGGGUAAAGUUAUAAAAAACACAAUGGAGAUGUGUUCAGUAACACAUGCACAUCCAAAGUGUAUAUCAUCAUGUGUUGCCUUGACCACAGCUGUAUCAACUUUGUUACAAAAUGAUGAAAAAUAUAAAACAAAGAAAGGAGAAAUUGAUAUUGAUGCCAUUAUAGAACAUUCCUAUCAGUAUGCAUCACGCUGUAUGAUAAAUUGUACAUAUCAAGAACUCAAAGAACUUCGUCAUUACCUGAAAGCCACUAGUUUGAAAGAAUUGAAAUUAACAGAAGCUGGUCAAACAAGUCAUACAUUUAAAACAUUGGGGGCUGCAUUCUGGGCACUGAAACAGAAAAACUUUCGCCAGGCAAUAACUGAUAUAAUAAUGGAGGGUGGUGAUGCUGAUGCCAAUGCUUCUGUAGCGGGAGCGCUACUCGGUUGUAAAUUGGGUGUCAAUGAAAUACCAAAUUCAUGGAUAGAAACACUGAAACAUCGCUUAUGGUUGGAUAAAAUUAUAGAUAGUUAUUUUCAUAUGAUGGAAGGUGGAAAAUUCAAACCCAAAGUGGAAACAACAGUAUAGCAUUAGCCAAUUUAUCACUUUGGUUACAGUGAGAUGAAAAAAUACAACACAAUUUUCUACCAUCUUUAUACAUCAUUUCUUUAUGAUUAUAUUUAUUCAUUACAGUUAACAUUAUUCUAGUACAUAAAAUUACCAAAGAAAGACUUUUUUAUUUGUCCAAAAUACAAUACCAUAUUUACUUUACUGGUUGAUGCAACAGAGAAAUGUUUGAUCUUUUAUACAUUUCUCAGUUUUAAUGUAUUUUGAAAUAAUUGUAUACAAAAACAUACAUUUAUUUCCUUGUUACACGCCCACAUUUUCAAGUGGAUGUAUAUGCCGUCGCCCCUGUUUGUCCGGAUGUCCGUCCACAAUUUGUUUGUGGACACUCUACAGGUCGUAACUUUUAUCUGAUUUUGGCGAAACUUGAAAUAUAGGUCUAUCUCCCAAAGAUCUCGGUACCUCUUGAUAUUGGUAUGUAUUGGAGCAUAAUUUCAUGGAUUAUGGCCCCUGAUUGUUCGAAAAAUCACGUUUUUAGUUUGUGGAUACUCUAGAGGUCACAAUUUUCAUCUGAUUUUGAUGAAACUUGAAAUGCAUGGUUAUAACCCAAAGAUCUUGGUUCCUUUCGAUAUUUGCACAUAUCGGAUCGUAACUUCCUGAAUUAUGGCCCCUGAUUGUACAAAAAAUCGCGUUUUUAGCUUGUGGUUCCUCUAGGGGUCACAAUUAUUAUACAAUUUAAAAAAACCGUUUGAAUAUGUCACCGUUUACCGUAAUGAUGAUUGAGUUCGAAAUUCGUGAAAAUCGGACCAAAACUGCCCGACAAAAUGGCCACCCCUUUUACGCUAAUAGUGUAAAAAUAUGGUAUAUCAAGGUUGUUGACCAACUAGAGGUCACAAUUUUAAUCCGAUUUUGAUGAAACUUGAAAUACAUAACCCAAAGAUCUUGGUUCCUUAUGAUAUUAGCGCAUAUCGAAUCGUAACUUCCUAAGUUAUGGCCCUUGAUUGUAUGAAAAGUUGCGUUUUAAGCUUGUGGUUCCUCUAGAGGUAACAGUUUUUAUCCAAUUUAAAUUUUUUUUUGAAUAUAUCACCGUUGCAUCCUAAUGAUGGUUGAGUGCGAAUUUCGUGAAAAUCGGACCAAAACUGCCGGACAAAAUGGCCUCUGCUCAUACGCUAAUGGUAUAUCAAGGUUGUGGACUCUCUAGAGGUCACAAUUUUCACCCGAUUUUGAUGAGACUUGAAAUGCAUGUUUAUAACCCAAAGAUCUUGAUUCCUUUUUAUAUUCGCGCAUAUCUGAUUGUAACUUCCUGAAUUAUGGCCCCUGAUUGUACAAAAAAUCACGUUUUUAGCUUGUGGUCCCUCUAGAGGUCACAAUUAUUAUCUGAUUUAAAAAAACGUUCAAAUAUAUCACCAUUACACUGUAUUGUUGGUUGAGUUCAAAUUUUAUGAAAAUUGGACCAAAACUCCUGGAUUAUGGCCCCUGAUUGUACAAAAAAUCACAUUAUUUUUUAAGCUUGUUCUCUGUCCAUCUCUUGCAAAAUGUGGGCAUAUCUUGCAUGGCAACCGCUUGUGCAUUUUAUCUUAAUGGAAGGUUAACAACAGACUGAUUAAAUAGUUUUUGUAUAAUUAGGAUGGAACACUACUCAUUUAUUAGUUCAGUUUAUAAUUGUGACUUGUCUAAUUUGUGUCACAAAAUUGUUACAUAUUUUUGCCAUAUCUUGUUAAUAUAUUUACAUUUGUCAUAGGUGAAAUGAUGACUGUGUUUCAUGUAAUUAUUAAAUUAAGGGCAAGGUAAAGUGCAACCAUCUUGUUGCAAACUAGUCUCAACACCAACAAGGCUGAAUAUAUCAUUUUCCAACACAGAUAGUGGCCCUUGGAUACAAAAGUCCUAAAUCUAUACCAAUAUUUGUGACUGUCGGUUGUCUGUCUGUCUGUUCGGGGUUGGCGGCUACACUAGGUGUGCCCCGAGUCUGAAAUUUGGGGUAUAGGUAUAGCUCGGACCGGGGAGUAACAUAGGCCAGGUGGCGUUAGUCUACCACUUCCAGUUUCGGAGUUAUGACCCCCGAGCGAAGCGGGGUUGGCGGCUACACUAGUUCUGCCCCGAGUCUGAAAUUUGGGGUAUAGGGGUAGCUCCGACGGGGGAGUAACAUAUGCCAGGUGGCGUUAGUCUACCACUUCCAGUUUCGGGUAUCCUGCUAGUAUACUAUAUUAUUCACGAUACACUUUUCCACUGCUAAUACCCCUUUAAAUCGUGUGGGGGGGUGGAUGGCCGAAUGGUUAGCACAUGUGCGCUGUAUCACAAGGUCUGACAUUAAAUCAGCUGGCAUGGAUUCGAUUCCCCGGUUGUAUGUGACAAGCAGUAAAGUCGCCUGUCCAACCUCUUGGGUUUUCUCCCAGUCCUACGGUUUCCUCCGACUGCUAAAGACCCCUACUCGCAAGCAAAUUAUUGAAAUAAAGUUGAACCAUGUGUUAGUCCCGAAAUGACCUAGUUUGUGUCGAGUGGAGUUACACCCCAUUUCUCUCUCCCCCUUUAAACACCCGAGUGUUAUCAUGUAAACCAAAAGUUCAAUUUCAUCACUUUGCUUUCCUGUUUCUAUGUAGUGUGAGAUUUCCACGUCCUUGCAACCAUGCGGUUGGGGGUCCGCCUUUUUUUGUUUUUUUUUCCCUCAAUCUGUAUGACCCAUCAUAUCUUUAGACGAGUGAUGCAAUUAAUCGUUAAACUGAAAACGUUUACUGAAACAUUAUAUCAACAUUUACAUUACCAUAAACACAAUUAUGCCGUAUUCUUUAGUAAUGAAACAUUUUAUUCUGUCUUCUCCUAAUUUCAAACGCCCUUGACCUUAUGCUUAUAUCAAUGAGCAAAGUGUUAAACAUACAUUAUGCAAGAGUUAAAUCUGAUUAUUGCAAGUCUUUAUUUAGGCUUCAUAUGUCAUAGAAAUGAUAAAUUAGAUCUUUAUUUACACAAGCACAUAAUCAACUCUGUAGACCCUCGGAUGGCUUGGAUUUAAACAGCAAUUUCAUUGAUUGAUUAAAUUUUUAAAUGGCGUCGUAAGCGGAUAUUAACCGUUAGGUUGACAUCAUACUUCCGGAAAUAUUAAAUCGAGGCUAAAUGAUGGAGUGUACGAAGCAAGGCCGCUGUUGAGCGAGGCCGCAUGUCAGUCAAUUUGAUUGAAAGUUUGAUAUAUACGGCCUUGAUAUUAUGUUUAGUUGUGGUUAAAAUGAGAGUUUGGAUGUCGGUAUUAUACGCUCUUUUGUCACUUGCGCUUACAGAAAAAUUAUGGAAAUUGAUAAACAUCAAAGCUAACAUCACCCCAGUUGAAUUGCAGCCCCAUUGGAUCACUGUUUCCUAUUUCAUUUGUCUGCUUCGGGAGUUACGUAGGCAGACCAGUUACAGUACAAUAGUACACGGAGGCUAACAAGAAGUCGGCUAUAAUUAUGCCUCAUUGAUUUGGUCCAUUCCUUUCAAACUUUCGCUUCUUAUCUAUAUAUUAAAAGUCUUAUUUUUAAUUUGUAGUAAAAAUAAAUGUGAUACGAAUUGAAUUGCAACCCCAGCUCAAACCGAAUAGGCUAACGGUACCACAGCCAUUGAAAACGUUACUCGAUAAUCAAGAUUAUGUAGGUGGAGUUAACGCCUGUCAAUCAAACUAUCUGCCAUUCUCAAAGACGGUGAAGAGAGAGUUGACUCCUAUUUCUAGUCAAAAAUUACAAUGGUUAUAACUUUGUUCAGAAUAAAGUAAUUUGACUGAAAUUUCCAAUAUAUUCGUCUUUCAUCACCUAUUUUUGAACUGUUAUAGCAAGAAUGGCCAACUCUCUAUUAAAAUCUCCUAUAAUGUAUCUUUAAUUUAAAAUACAAAUGCUUAAAUAUUUAAUUUAAACAACUACAGAAUAAGAUUAAUUCAUAUCAGUACACAAAUGAGGUGUCAUUUACGGGAUUUGAUAAGAAAAUUUCAGUCAAACUGUUCCACUCUGAACCAAGAAUUUAGCGAUUGAAUUUUCAGCCUAGCCUCGAUCAUCAUUACUAAAGUCGGUACAAUAAAAAACAUAGUUUUGAUUAUCCAUUUCAUGAUUAAAUCAUGAAUGGAAGUUGAGCAGCAAAUCGGAUCCUAAUCCAGUAAAUAUCGCAGGCUAGCGAUGACAUCGAGCGUUGAUUAUGGUCUGGAUAAGUUAAUUAAUGUCUAAUUAAUCAUUUAGAUAACAUUUCAGGCCUAAAGAAAGACCUGCAAUAGGCAGAUUUAGCUCUUGCAUAAUGUAUGUUUAAUACAGUGUUUGAGGUCUUGAGACGAAGAUUCCUAUCAAUUUUCAACGAUUUCCAAUGAUAAUGGCAAUUUAUAUUAAAUAUUUUUUAUGCUAAAUGUUAGAAUAGGGCAGAACUAGAAGCCAUAUGGGUUGUUACUCGUAAUCAGAUUUUAGUGUGCUGUAAAUGUUUUCAUUUCUGACAAAAGAAAAAUAUAUGCGACAACCCUUGAUGACUCCCCGGACGACUUAGCUGCUGUGGACGCACGUUUCGUUGCCUGGGAACCGAUCUUGAAAAUUUGAAGUCUUGUUGGGUUUAGCUUAGCCUAUAUUUUCAGGCAAAUCUGUUGUGGUGUUUACACUGUAGCUGUGCAGUGUUAAAGGGUAUAUUUAUAUUUUCCAAAGUUAUGAAUUCCAAAGUCAUUAUUUUUGAUUUUCAUCCAUUUUUUUUAUUAUUCAGUAUCAUCUGAAGCACAAUUAGAUACCAACAUUCCCGAAUUUAAUAAUUACCUAUAUACCUUUAUGUAUGUGUGUCAUUGUUCAUCUCAAAUUUCUUGAGGAGGCGUGGUGGCUCAGUGAGCAGACGCUGGCUUGCUAAUCUGGAGGUCGAGGUGUUGGCUGAAAAUGUUUCAGUGGAUUUUCCGGCCUGUUGCAGGACGGAUGGCCUGGCAAGGAAUAGCGUCUAGUCAUUCGGAUGGGAUAAAAAAAAAACGGGGUUCUAAGUGCACCUUGGCAUGCACACAAAAGAAUCCUUAAGUUUGAAUUCAAUUGCUGUCCAAUUACCCCGAUUGGAGCAUAGAAGUAGAACCCUAUUUCAUCCAUACAUUCUAAAUUUCUUGUGAAUAUGCUGAAGUUUUAUUUUCACCAUGAACACAUUAAACAAGAAUUCUUUCCCAAUCAGUUUGAUCAUUUUUAGUUAUUUAAUCAGAAGAUGGAACCCUAUCAAAAUUAGAAGAUUAUCAACAGUAUAUUUUAGAACUUUCCCCAUGUUUCCAUUUUGACUUGUACACAGGGUUUUGUUCUUGAUGGAUUAUAUUCUCAUUAUUAUCUGUUCAGUUCAAUGAAACCUAUCAAUUUCCUUAAUAUUUCUUCAAGCAAGUUCGGUACAAUUAGGUGUAAUGUUAUCAGACUUCCAUUUAUGUUAAUGUUAUAUUCAGAUAUUGUUGAAGAUUAUCUGUGAUAUAUAAAGUGAUAUUGCUCAGCCAUAUAUAGCAUAGUAUUUGAUUAUGGUAAUAUAUAGAUAUAGUUUCUGGUAUUAGAAAUAGAUUAGUUUAGUUUUACUCCCCAUCAAGUUUAGAUUACCACUACAAGUUUGUUGAUAUUAUCCCUGGUGUUUUCUUUUCAGUGCUGGCGGAUGCAAUUCUUGAUUUGGGGGGCUACGGUCCUAGGAUGUUAGGCGAGCGUCCAGGGGCCGCCUAGGCCUCGGAAGCUCCCGGGGGUCUAGAUCGUCGGAGACACUUUCUAAGCGAUUUCUGGCUUGUAAAAUUACUCGGCAAUGAAGUUUUUAUGUGGUUUUUUUUUUAAUCCCUUACCACGAAAGCACUGCAGUCGCUGGCGAUUUCCUGUGAUGUUGAACUGGACAAAUAUAUGCAUAACAUACCAAGAUUGUGGACACUCUAGAUGUCACAGUUUUAAUCCGAUUUUGAUGUUUAUAACGAUUUUGGAUGUUUAUAACCGUAACUUCUUGGGUUAUGACUCCCGAUUGUACGAAAACUCACAUUUUUAGCUUGUGGGCACCCCAGAGGUCACAAUUUUUAUUGAUUGUAAAAACUGUUCAAAUAUAUCACAGUUACACCAUUACAACUGAGUACAAAAUUAAUGGCCGCUCCACUUUACGCAAAUAAUGUAAAAGCAUAUAAUACCCAGGAUGAGUUCAAGUUUGGUGCGCAUCAGACCUUCCGUUCUAGAGUUAUGGCAAAUGCCUUUUACGCAAAAUGUGAAAUAGAAUUAAGUUUGUGGACCUCCCACAAUUUUUGUCCGAUUCAUGAGAUAAAUAUUGAACUAUGUGUUGAGGAUCAAAAGUUCUUGGAUGAGUUUCAUUUUGGUAGACACAAGACCUUCCAUUGUAGAGCUUUAGCGGCUAAAGAUUAGCCCCUGCAAAUAGAAUGUUAGAAAAACUAACUAAUUGCGACCCUUGCAAGUUGGGUCUCUUAACCCAGGGAUCAGUAUAGAGCAUAGCAGGGGUUUUUCUUCUGAAAGUCUACGUGUUCUAGAAGUCUCACUUCUAUGUUAAAAUCGUGUCUCUUCCAAUUACGUCACUGUAUUUAACUGAAUAGUUACUUGCUUGCAAUAACCUUGAGAAAAGGGUACUUGUGGCCAGAUUAUUUGAGGGGGGGGGGGCUAAAGCAUAUUAUAUGCAGUUCUUGUUUGUUUACUGUGUUGCAUUUCAGUAUUGUGUAAUCUUUUUUUAUUAUUAAUACCAGGUAUCUAAAUCCAGUUAGUAUUUACGUGUAUUAUAUCCGCAUUUUCACUUAACAUCAAUUAAUACACUUUGAAUUGAAUUCUUGUGGAGAAUAUAUGUAUUGCAUGCAUGAAAAUAAUACAGACUAGAACUGCGAAGCAGUAAUGACGGGUUUCACUGGUGCCACGUUACCCUUGAACUUAUGUCACUUUUAUGUAAAUCGAAUAAUAAUUGCCACCUUUAUAGACCAAAAACCUUGAAAAGUGACUUGUAGAAAAUUGUCUAUUUCUCUGCAACCGUACAAGUUAGAAACCAUUUUGUGGUAUCUGUAUGAUCGUAUGGGUUCAUUCUAUUUGUUGAUUGGAAUCAAAUAUCAUAAUUUUAAAAACAUUACAAAUCAGAUUCAUUUGAAUAAAAUAUCUGUUUUGAAGGCUAAAAAUACAGUUUUUGCCAAAAUGAUACUAAAAAUGUUAAAUUAGUUUUAUAACAUCGUCUAUGACAUUGGACAUUACAUGGUGAAAAUUUUAUGAAAAUCGAAUAAUAAUUGACAUAUUUAUGGAAGAGAAACCUUCAAAAGUGACUUUUAGAAAACCGCCUAUCUCUCCGCAACCGAACAAGUUAGAAACCAUUAUAUGAUAUCUAUAUGAAUUUUAUUAAUAUGUUAAUUUAAACCAAAAGUUAAUAAAAUUAAUACAUAUUAAAUAAUUCUUAGUUGAAAAAUAUAUUGAUUUUAAAAGUCAAAAAUGCAGUUUUUGACCAAAUGGCAUCACUUCCGGUGUCAAUUUUAAAUUGUAAUCAAUUUGAUAUGACGCAUACUUGCUUUUUGAAACAAAUGGCAUCACUUUUAUGAAAAUCCAAAAAUUAUUGACUAUUUUAAGGGCAAAAAAACGAAAACAGUGACUUAUGCAAAAUUGCCCAUUUCUAGGCAACUGCUUAUAUUACAAACUAAUUUUAACAUACAUUUUCUUCAUAUGGAUUAUAGCUACAAGUUUAUAAAAGUUAUGUAGAAAUAUUUUAAAAUCUGAAAAGCCUGAAUGGGUUGUAAAUAGGCCUCUUGGAUGCUCCCUUGUAGAUUUGCAUUAUUAUAAAACAAUCGGAAUAAAAAGUAAUAUUUAUUAUACUGUAGGUAGGCUACAUUAUUUUUUAUGUAUAUAUUAUCUGUAGAUUUUGUUUUAUAUAUAUUAUUAAUAUAUUAAAAUUAGUUAGUGCAAUAUAUAAACAUAUUUUAUGUCAACUAUUUAGGUAAUUGGAAUUUGUAUAUAAACUUUUGUAUAUCUGCUUGUUCAAAUAAAUAAAACAUUCA